UGCAGUCACCAAAAACAGGGUUUGCCUCUUCAGUUUCAGCGCGGCCACGUGACUUCCUGCUGGCUUCUGCAGUUCAUUCGGCAGCAACACAGCACACAUCAGGCUUCCUCAGUUUUUUAAUCAGACUCAGGCUGUGACCGCGUAGUCACAGAAAUCCUCAGGUGAUUAAAGCGGGUCCAACUUUCCCACAGCUUUCUGUCCGGGGAGAUCUGAGGAUCACAGCGGGAAAAGAUGUUGAGGCGAAGGCCGUCAAAUGCCUCAGAGAAGGAGCAGGUGCAGAAGAAGAAGCUCACCCUGCAGAGGUCCAGCAGCUUCAAGGAUUUCAUGAAGCCCAAGCCUACCUCUCCUGUUGUGUCAGAGAAGGAGUUCAGCUUGGAGGAGAAUGUAGCAGAUGGUAUGACUGCAGAGGAAGCAGUGAAAAGUGGCAGCAAACUGGGGAAGAAGUGGCGCAAUGUCAUUUCACGCACCAUGACCCGCAAAACGUCCAAGAUGGUGCAGAAGGCUUUAGCUGAAGAAGGGGGGGAGAGCGGUGAAGAGCUGUCUCCUGUCUCCUCCGACUGGCUUCCAGAUCUGAGCGCAGGCCAGAGGACGUCGGUGUGCUCCACAGGCUCGGAGGACACCAUGCCCAGCCCCAUCAGCCGCCAGCUCUCUGGCAACAGCGACAGACAGAGCCUGGACAGUGGAUAUAGCCAGAGGGACAGCAUGCGACUGGAGGAGAACGGCGUUGCUUACAACGGCCCGUUCUGCGGCCGCGCUGUGGUCCACACCGACUUCACCCCCAGCCCCUACGAUGUGGAUUCGCUAAAACUCCAAAAAGGGGACAUCAUCCACAUCAUCGAGAAGCCCCCCGUGGGCACCUGGACCGGGAAGCUCAACAACAAGGUGGGCUCCUUUAAGUUCAUUUAUGUGAACCUCCUGCCCGACGAAAGCCCCCCGACCAGGAGGAAACGCUGCAGCAGAAAAGCCAACCGAGCCAAAUCCAAACCCAAAAGCCUGGAGGAAGUCCUGGACAGCAUCGGCCUGAUGGAGCUGAGUUCUUUGCUGUCCAUGCAUGGUUUCCAGACUCUGGAGGACUUUGCAGGGCUGAAGGAGUCUCACCUGAACGAGCUGAACAUCACAGACCCAGAGCAGCGCUCCAAGAUCCUGAACGCCACUGAGCUGUUGAGAGACUCUGAAGAAGAGUCGGAGCCAGAAGAGGAGGAGAAGGAGAAGGAGGAAACAUCUGGGGAGGACGCCAAGGAGCCGCGGGAUUCGGGUUGUUUUGAGAGCUCAGAGAAUCUGGAGAGUGUACGCGAGGAGCCAAAGGUGGAGGAAGAGGUAGAGAACCGUGAGCCGGAGUCCGAGCAGCCACAAGAGAGCCAGACGGAGCAGCUGGAGGAUGUGCAGGAGCAGCUGCAGGAGCUGACAGUGGACGAAGGAUCUUGAGACGUGAUGGACAACUUGUCAAACUUCUCUUACUCCUGGUCCUCUGGGUUUCUGUGGAGGCAGAUUUAAUCCCACUGAAAUAUCUCUUCAUGGUAGAAGAGCAGACUGUAUGAACACAAUAGUCACACAGCCAUGGACUGUUGAGCGAGUGGCACAGUUUUGGUGUGUUCAUCUGUCCUAGCUGGACACAUUAUUUUAAAUGAAUGUUUUUUUGUAUUGUGUUGUUUGAUUUAUAAAGUGGUUUGUCAUCAUUUAUCAUAAUGUAUCUGAGCGUAACAGUACAUAUUAAAACCAUCUUCAUGGGACGUAGUCUCUGAGACUGCGUCUAAGAAUGUAAAAUACUGAAAUGUAACUUGAAUACAACUGCU